UGCUCUUCCAAUCUCCUCCACACAAUGCUUAAUCAACUCAUAACUCCAGAAAAAGAUCCUACUCCCCUUCCUUUGUCCUAAUAUUGUUCUUACCAACCAACAUUUUGAUACACCACUCUUAAUUUCUUAUAGUACUAUAUUUCUCAGCAUCAUAACCAUGGCUGCUGCAUUAAGUGCUUCAGUCUCUCUUCCAUCCUCUAAUUCCACUUCUCUUUCCAUCAGAACCACCUUUAUUUCCGCGGAAAAAAUCACUUUCAACAAGGUUCCUUUGUCCCACAGAAAUGUAUCAGUUGGCAGAAAAGUGUCUCCUAUUAGAGCUCAAGUCACAACAGAAGCUCCUGCAAAGGUUGAGAAGGUAUCAAAGAAACAGGACGAGGGCGUAGUUGUAAACAAAUUCAGGCCAAAGGAACCUUACAUUGGUAGAUGUCUUCUCAACACUAAGAUCACUGGAGAUGAUGCCCCUGGAGAAACUUGGCAUAUGGUCUUUUCCACUGAGGGAGAGAUACCAUACAGAGAAGGCCAAUCCAUUGGAGUGAUUCCAGAUGGUGUUGACAGUAAUGGAAAGCCUCACAAGCUCAGAUUGUACUCCAUCGCUAGCAGUGCCCUCGGUGACUUUGGAGACUCCAAAACCGUAAGCUGGCAUUAUCUUACCUUAUCUCAUUAUUUCCUUAAAUACGGCUUUGGGUUUAUGCAGUUCAAUGGUUUGGCUUGGCUUUUCUUGGGUGUUCCAACAAGUAGCUCACUGCUUUACAAGGAGGAAUUCGAGAAAAUGAAGGAGAAGGCCCCAGAAAACUUCAGACUGGACUUUGCUGUGAGCAGGGAGCAAACUAAUGAGAAAGGUGAAAAGAUGUACAUCCAGACCAGAAUGUCUCAAUAUGCUAAAGAACUAUGGACUUUACUCAAGAAAGACAAUACAUUUGUGUACAUGUGUGGACUCAAGGGCAUGGAGCAGGGAAUUGAUGACAUAAUGACUUCACUUGCUGAAAGAGAUGGUAUUAAUUGGGCAAAUUACAAAAAGCAGUUGAAGAAGGCAGAGCAAUGGAAUGUGGAAGUCUACUAAAAUUUUUGGUUUCUUUGUACAAAUAUGAGCAAGUAUAGUUUCUCUGCUCUACAUUCAUGUAGAUAGCGUUCUGCGAAUGCCCCUUUGGAAGUUGGAUUUUUGAGGGGUAUGGAUGAUAAACGUAUUGCUGAUUAACCUCCAUAUGAAAUAUUAGUCCCUGUGAACUGGAGUUUAUUGUUACAUACUAAUAUAGAGGAGCAUAGCAGAAAUCAAUUAUAAAGUUGGAUGGAGAUGUACACCACUGUAUUUCCUAUAAUGUUUUGUGUUUUAGUGAAUAAACAUAUCAGGAAUCGGAUAUAAUACUAAAUUACUAAUUGAGACUGCUUGUUUGGAUGAUUGUUACCUGUUAUAUUGUGCUGUAUGGUUAUUCUAUGUACAA